AUGCGGAUUUCGCAGCCACCUUGGGAUACAAAGCAGUCUGGUUGUUUCUGCCCUCACAACCAGCUACUUGCUGGGCCACAUGAAGAGAUUUGUGUAUCUCACUGCACCAACUGUAAAAACGCAGACGGAAAACCUAUGUUGCCUGGGUCAACAUGGGAGUCAAAUUGCCGAAUCUGCACAUGCAAUAACCAGACACUGACAGAAGAAUGCAGGCCAAAACCUUUGCCUCCAACUCCGACAUGCGGUCCUGGCUCUACUCUCAUCUCUGACUGCUGUAAUCACCCGAUAUGCGUUGAGGCGAUUUGUGAAUACCAAGGAAAAAAAUAUAAGGCUGGUGAUACCUGGAGGGACUCCAAGAGCCCUUGUGAGAAAUUUCACUGUACAACAGAAGGCACUAAAAUAGAGAAGACUGUCUGUCCACUGCAGUCUUGUCCUGAGGAACUUCAAGUUUGGGAUCAGGAUCAUUGCUGUUAUUCAUGCAACACAACAUGUGCAGUCAGACUGUUCCAAGUGACUGUUGAGGACUGCACUUCGGUGGUGACAUUGCCCACUUGUGAAGGCAACUGUAGAUCAGGCUCCCAGUGGCUAAAAUCUGCAUCUCUGCAUUUGGAGCAAAAAUCAGUCUGUUGCCGAGUUAAAGACUUUGAAGUAAGACAUAUUGAUCUGGUCUGCAAUGGGAGCAAAAAGACAAAGUACACCUACAAACACAUCACCAGCUGUGCAUGCCAGCAUGAGGACUAAAAACUCUAAAGAUUUAAAAUGUUGCUGUAAUGCACAGAGAGUACUUACAGCUACAUUCCAAACAUAUAUCUGAAGUUUGAUUAGAUUCGCAUGGUUUGUUAUUUUUCAAAUGAUCAAUUUAUUGUGUUAAAGGUUUGGUGGUUGAGGGUUUAAUUACAUUUAUCUUUUUAUUUCCUUUUUGGUAACAUUUGCCGUUUCUCCUAUCUGGUGUGAAUGUUCAGUGCUAAAAACUAACAUAAAUUUCCUGGGAGAUGUUCUUGUUUUCUUUUAUUUUAUAUUUCAAGUUAUUACUAAAAUUUAAGAACUUCAGAUUUAAAUGCUAAAAUCAUAUAGCUUUUAAAGCCUUGAACUA